AGAGGCGCCGGGGCUUCUACCCGCCCUGGCGCAGGCUUACUGUGUAGGUGGGCAAAGGGAGCCGGCGGCCUGGAGCCUGCUCCUCUCGCUGUCCGUAGCAACGCCGCCCGCCGCCGGCAGGGUACGCUCUCCGCGGAGCCGGUCCAGCUCCCGGCCGGCCUGCGCCUGCGGCUACGCGGGGUUUCCGCCGCUCGGCGAAGGGGGAGAGCUGCUCCGCUGCUGCGCGCCGGGACUAAGAUGGCGGCGGCGGCCCGGCUGGGCUGGGGAGCUGCGGCUGCUGCCGCGGGGCUGCGUAGGCGAUUUUGUCCUAUGAUGAAUCCAUACACCAUUAAGAAACAGCUUCUGCAUCAGUUUGUACAAAGACCACUUUUCCCAUUGCCUACAACCUUAUGUAACACAGUGAGACACAUGUUUAUUCAAACACAAGAUACUCCAAAUCCCAACAGUUUAAAGUUUAUUCCAGGAAAACCAGUUCUUGAGACAAGGACCAUGGAUUUUCCCACACCAGCUGCAGCAUUUCGCUCCCCUCUGGCUAGGCAGUUAUUUAGAAUUGAAGGAGUAAAAAGUGUCUUUUUUGGACCAGAUUUCAUCACUGUUACAAAGGAAAGUGAAGAGUUAGACUGGAAUUUACUGAAACCAGAUAUUUACGCAACAAUCAUGGAUUUCUUUGCUUCUGGUUUACCCUUAGUUACUGAGGAAACAUCUUCAGGAGAAGCAGGAUCUGAAGAAGAUGAUGAAGUUGUGGCAAUGAUUAAGGAAUUGUUAGAUACUAGAAUACGGCCAACUGUGCAGGAAGAUGGAGGAGACGUUAUCUAUAAAGGCUUUGAAGAUGGCAUUGUACAGCUGAAACUCCAGGGCUCUUGUACCAGCUGCCCCAGUUCAAUCAUUACUCUGAAAAAUGGAAUUCAGAACAUGCUGCAGUUUUAUAUUCCGGAAGUAGAGGGUGUAGAACAGGUUAUGGAUGAUGAAUCAGAUGAAAAAGAAGCAAACUCACCUUAAAAUAAUUAGAAUUUUCUUUGGGCCCUACAGUUGGACUUACUGAUAAUAUAUACCAAGUUUUUAUUAUUAAUCUGCUAAGGAACUUGAGGAUUAAUAAAAUAUGCCCUUUUUUCAGAGACUGAUAUAUAAAUAUUGCAUGUUUGCUUUACCUCAUAUGAGUUAUUUAUAACAUCCUGAAUCAUCUUCUGUACACAUGGAUUUUAUCCAGGGAUAUUUUAAUGUUUGUUCUUUAUUUCUCAUGGUUGCUUUUUUGCAUAAUGUGUGAAGCAGUUCAUUUUCCCCCAUUUAAUUUAUUUGCUUUUUUAAUGCAGAAUUAAAUAAGGAGAAUGCUUAUAAAAAUA